AGAGAAGGGGUGGAGGAGGGGAGAGAGUGAUCUCAGAAAAUGUUUGGAAGAAGCAUCAGUUAGGCAAUAAAACUUACAAGAAAACAUGCCUCUCAUAUAAAGCAUUCCCACCAGAACUAUUUAAGUGUCGGAAUCAGUUCACCCAUAGCUCAGAGGCAUUAAUAAGAAUAGUGAACGGCACAGUCGCCAGAAAAGUUGAGCCUCUGUGUUAAUCUAAGGGAGUUUUUUUUUUUUUUUUAAAGCCCAUGCUUUGUCUACUCAGCAUCAGGAGUUCCUAACGGGACUGUGGACCAACUGGCACCCAGGAGACUGAUAACCGAUCCAAAAAAAGUUCAAGUGGGAGUGUGGUGUGCAUUUUGUGAACUGGACCGUCUAAAGAUUACAAUAAUUGCUGGACCGAGCAGAGCCUCUUCAGGCAUAAAUAGCAAGACUCCCACCGUCCCCGCUUGGAGAACAAGCCAGCCGCCAGGAAAGCAGGUGUCCUCACCUCUGCAGGACUUCAGAGGAAACAGGAAAAUGGAAAACUUGACGCUCGUCUACAGUUCCUGCAAAGUUAUCUGGACUCUCCUUUUAACCCUCCUGGGUUAUGCCAGCUGUCUGCCUGUGGGUGAAGAUUCUGUUUGCAGAGCAGAGGAGCUUGCUAAGUACGGCAUAACCUUUACAGGGAAAUGGAAUCAGAUUGCCUUCCCUAAGCAGUAUCCCCUAUUCCGGCCUCCGGCUCAGUGGUCAUCAGUGUUAGGUGCCACACACAGCUCUGACUAUAACAUGUGGAAAGAGAAUGAAUACGUCAGCAACGGAGUGCGGGAUUUUGCUGAGAAAGGAGAGGUCUGGGCGUUAAUGAAGGAAAUAGAAGCAGCCAGUGAAAAGAUUCAAAGCGUUCAUGGUGUCUUCUCAGCUUCGGCCAUAUCCAGUGGCACAGGGCAAACAUCUACUGAACUAGAAGUACAUUCAAGACACUCAUUAGUUUCAUUUGUAGUGAAGAUUAUACCGAGCCCUGACUGGUUUGUUGGCGUAGACAGUUUAAAUCUCUGUGAAGGGAACCAGUGGAAAGAACAAGUUACGUUAGAUCUUUAUCCUUAUGAUGCCGGGACCGAUAGUGGCUUCACUUUCUCUUCACCAAACUUUGCCACUAUUCCUCAGGACGCAGUCACAGAGAUAACAUCUUCAUCUCCGAGUCAUCCGGCCAACUCAUUUUAUUAUCCCAAGCUGAAAUCUCUGCCCCCAAUUGCUCGAGUGACCCUCUUCAAACUUCAACAAAACAAAAUGGGCUUUGCACCUACUCAACCUGACCUGCCUGCCAUUGGGAAUGAGAUAGACGAUGCCCUCUCAGAAACACCCCUGGAUUGCGAAGUUUCCCUGUGGUCCUCUUGGGGUCUGUGCACAGGCACCUGUGGCAAAUUAGGAACCAAAAGCAGAACUCGCUACGUUCGUGUCCAGUCUGCCAACAAUGGGACCCCUUGCCCGGAUCUCGAAGAGGAUUCCGAAUGUGAACCUGACAAUUGUGUCUAGCAGGUUUAGCACGUGGAUCGCUUAAAUGCAACAGAUUUCCCAAAGUUGAUUCUUUGCUAUGUCAGUCAUUCAAUCGUAUUUAUUGAGCGCUUACUGUGCGGAGAGCACUGUACUAAGCGCUUGGCGGAGUACAGUAGAACGUUAUAAUAGACACAUUCCCUGCCCAGAACAAUGGUAUCUUUUCUAAUUCAGGGGUAUCGUGGAAUUUUACUGAACGUGGCUUUUGUGAGGCUGGGGAGGCCAUUUAUUGUUUGAGAUGAAGAUGUUUUUGUUUCCUUUCUAAAUGUUUCUGCAACAAUUCCUGACUGCAUUUUAGAAAGCAAACCUCCAAAAAGCUAUUUUCCCUCAAUACCAUAAAUACUGUCAAUACCCUCUAGUGGCUAAAAGGAAGACUUUUUGGAUAGGUGAAUUUCCUUACUAUCAACAAAUCUUUCCAAAACAAAAUCUCUAAAGGAGACCACUGCUUUUCUCAGAUGUAAGAGUCUAGAUUCUCGGAGGUUUAUUUAUACCUUUAUGGCUAAUUAUUACGUCGCUCUAAAUUAUGUUGGAUGAUAAUUUAUUACCUUUGAUGUUGACCUUUAAAUGCCGCUGGUCUCUCCAGGAAACACUUAUUUGAAUGUGGGUGGCCAGAUGUUUCAGGCUAGAUGGGAUAAUUAAAGGCAUGAUUGAACUCCUGGGGUCCUGAUAUCACGGAACAGCAUUAGGCACUUGCCCCGGGAUUGGAGAAAACACUCCUUUUACUGAGUUGACAGAAGCACCUAGAGGUGCAGGUGUCUGAGAAUCCAUUGUAACUCCCCUGGAUCUCUGGUGGGAUUCUUGAAACUUGUUCUUUGCUCCUUUGGAAUUUUCAAGUUACCAAUAAAAUCAUCUUUGAACUAGAACAAACUGAAGGAUUCUAGGGGAUUCACCUAAAGAAUUUUUGUUUGUUAAUGAUAGCUCUUGUGGUCAAUGAAUAAAUGUUUUCACCUUUCUUCUUAA